AUGGCAGCCAUCAGAGAGAAAUGGUGGAUCCCGAAAUUACGAUCCAAAGUGAAGAAGACGAUCAAUGAGUGCAAGACGUGCAAAACCUUCAACACAAAGCCAUAUGGAGAGACAGCGACAGCGGACAUGCCAACCUUUCGCACUGAAAACAGCAGACCAUUCCAAACAACGGGUGUGGACUUCGCAGGGCCACUGGAAUACAAGGUGUCCAAAAGCGAGAAGGCAAAGUGCUACAUUCUAAUAUUCACAUGUGCGACGUCCAGAGCUGUGCACCUUGAGUUGACGAAGACUCAAACUGCAGAUGAAUUACAACAGAAGUUAUCAGCUUUCAUCACGCGAAGAACCAGACCAGAGCGAAUAAUAUCGGACAACGCCCAAACUUUCAAGGCUACAGCAGAGUGGAUACGUCAGAUAAGGAAGAGUGAAGCAUUGCAGGAUUUCCUCGCAAGACAACAGAUCCAUUGGCAGUUCAAUCUUGCUAAGUCGCCAUGGUGGGGAGGAAUGUAUGAGCGUCUAAUUAAAGAAGUGAAGAAAACGCUGUUCAAGACUUAG